UUUAUAAAUAGAUUCAUUAUCCAAAAAUAAACAUCACAAAAAGGAGGACAAUUAAAUGCACGGAACGCGAAGGUUCCGUCUAGUUACUUUCGUUUUCAAAAACAGGUUUUGCUUCUAUCUUCAAUUACAUGUCAAAUGUCAAACUGUGUGUCAUUCGAGCGUGUUGUUUACUAUUAUUUGUUAAAAACCCAAAGUAACCAUGGGUGUAUUCCCAUUUAUCGAUGUAAAGAGAUCGCGGUGUGAACACUGAAAAAAGGGGCCCGAGAGAAAUCAGUGGUUAAAUAGGGGGAAAUGAGUGAGAGAAGGUUCGCCCGAAACCUGGGCAAACCUGGGACCGCGGCACAACUUCGCGAAACGGUCUCGCAAGUUGUACGCGAGACAACCGCACAAAGUAAACCACAUUUGGUAGAACCAAUUGAUUUUGAGAACUUUGUAUUAAAAAAUAAAACAGUUUUACAAAAUGAUUCUCAACGAGAGCUCUUAUUAUAUCCAGCCGAUGAUAUUUCACAAGUGGUACUUCCACGUCGUUAUCGUACAACAAAUCCAACUGUACCCACGCGACAAGAAACGGAAGACUGUAACCUUUUAACGAAACAAUGCAUAAAUAAUUACUCAUCGAAUUGGAAUUUGGUUCAUUAUAAAUAUAGCGCUUAUUCGGGUUCAUACGCGGAUCUCCCAAAAAAUUCAUUAAACUCGGAUAAUUUGAAAGAAGAAAUAUAUGAAAUCGAUAUAGAAAAUGAUGCCCCCGAAGAUUUUUUAUCGCAAACUGAUAGUAUAACUAAAGAAGGUUAUUUAAUGAAAGGACCUGAAAUUGGUUCGGAUAAAAUCUUAAUUAAUAUCGGAUCAAAAAGUUUUAAAAGGCGUUAUUGUCAUCUACGACAAGAAGUCGAUGGAACUUACAUUUUAGAGAUGUUUAAAGAUGAACGAAAAGGCGAAGCGAAAUUAACGAUUGUUAUGGAUUUGUGUACGGAAGUUGUUAAAAAUGGUAAAAGGGGAAGGUUUUGCUUUGAGUUGAGAAUGACUGAUGGUCAAAAAUCGUACGUUUUGGCGGCGGAUAAUGAGUCGGAAUUUAAAGAUUGGUUAGCUAAGUUAGUUUCGGUUCUUCAACAAAAUAAAGCGCAAGAAGAAAAACGAGCUGGAUCUUUAGAAAGGGAUCGAAAUUCACCAGUUCAAUCACAAACUCAACCACAACCUUACGGAACCUUAAAAGGUUUAGAACACAGCAUGAAUCCUCAAUUAAUUAAAUACGCACGUGAAACUGACACAAGUAUAGCUAUGUCAAGGCGAGAAAAUCGUUCAAAACUUUUUACUUUAUAUCCUCAUUUAAUAAUGAAUAAACCACCACCUUCUCACGAUCAAAUCGAACCAUAUCGAGAAGUUUUUGGUCACAGAGUUUUAUUAAAAUGUGAAACAAUUUCUUUUAAACUCCAAGCGCCUUUAGAUGAAAGAGAUCCAUCUCAAAUCGAACCAUAUUACACAACUUUAUGUCUUUAUGACGCUAAAAACGGACGCAAAUUGACUGAGAAUUUUCAUUUUGACGCCAACACCAAUUCAGCUCGUGGUAUCUUUACUUCUUGUUUAGCUUCGGGGGAUUGUAAAGGAAUCGAUUUAAACAUUGAUUUACCAUCGAAUUUACCCAGAGAGUGGUUAUUGUAUCCCCGACAAGCUUUAAUGUCGAUUACAAACGCUCACCCUGAUAUUUUUUUGGUUGUUCGAAUCGAAAAAGUUUUACAGGGUGGGAUAUAUCAAGCUGCGGAACCUUACAUUAAAGUCAAUAAGGAUCCUAAAGCUGCUAUGAAAGUUUAUAGGAGUGUUAUAGCGAGUUGUCAGAGAUUAGGAUCUUAUCGAAUGCCGUUUGCUUGGUCUGCAAAACCACUAUUUCGGUUGUACAGUAACGAAUUAGAUACAACACCAGAUUUCCCAGCGAUUUACCGCCAAGAAAAUAAUAAAUUAACCGACGAAGAACUUUUAAAACUUCUCGCUGAAUAUCGAAAACCGGAUAAGUUCAGUAAAUUAACUGUGAUACCCGGAAGUUUACGGAUUAAAAUCGAACCAUUAAGCGAAUUUCCUGAAAAUUGUUUAACAACUUCGUUAUCUCCUUUAAAACCAUUUCCGAUUCCGGCAACGAACGAACCAACAAUUGAGAUAACCGAAUUCGAAAGCCUCUCAGAAAAAGACGUUCAUCCUUACACAAGCUUUAUAAAUCACCUUUACGUUUAUCCUCAUACUUUAAAUUUUGACACACAAAAAAUGUUUACUAGGGCGCGAAAUAUUGCGUGCGUUGUUGAAGUGAGAGAUAAAGAUACUGCAAAUGCAGUAGGAUUACCGUACAUUUAUGGACGUCCAGGUCAAAAUGUUUUAGUCUCCCAAGUUUCUUGUGCAGUCCUUCAUCAUAAUACAAUUCCAACUUGGUACGAAGAAAUUAAAAUCCGAUUACCGAUCCAUUUACACAAUAAUCAUCAUUUAUUGUUUACGUUUUAUCACAUUUCUUGCGAUAUCGCCAAGAAAAAGGAUAAUGGAGUUGAAAGUAUUGUAGGAUACGCUUGGUUACCACUCUUACAGAAGGGAAAAUUGAAUGUUGAAAUUCAACAUAUUCCGGUUGCUGCGCAAUUAUUACCCGGAUAUUUAUCGAUACAUCCAUUCGGAUUAGGAAAAGGGAAUGCUGGACCUGAAAUAACGUGGAUAGAUUCGCAACGUUCAAUAUUCACCGUUGAAUUUAAUUUGCAUUCGACUGUAAACACACGGGACCAACACCUUUAUAAUCUCUUCAUAUUAGCUGAAAGAUUAUUAAAUCCAAAACCUUCAUCAUUACCUCAAGAAAGUGAAACUUGCAAAAUAAUAAAAGCUUUACACGCGAUUCAUUUAACAACUUUAAUAACAUUUUUACCAACACUUUUGAAUCAACUUUUUACGUUAUUGGUAGCAACGAAUAGCGACGAAAUCGGAUUAAAUAUAAUUCGAGUUUUAAUUAAUUUGGUUAAUAUGGUUUAUGAGGCGAAACGUAAAGAAGUACUUCAAUCGUACGUGAAGUAUGUUUUUGUAACCCCUGAGUGUAAAAAAUCUGUUUCUGUACACGAAGAAAUGUGCAAACAUUUACCGGUUAUUUUAAACCCGACCAAUACAGAUUUUUUGGUUGUUAAUAAAUUUAUGCAUCACUCGUUAUUCUUUUUUGAUGUUAUCGUAAAAAGUAUGGCACAACAUUUAUUGACAACUGAAAGAAUUAAAAUGCAUCGAAACGAACGUUUCUCAAAAGAUUAUUUGGAUAGAAUCGAAAAUAUGGUUAAAAUAUUAACUUCAUACAUUUUAAAUAAAUUUAAAGAUAUGCCAGAAGAAACUCAAGAGUUAAAUAAAAGUAUUGGAACCUUUUUAAAGAAAUGUUUGUCUUUAAUGGACCGUGGAUUUGUUUUUAAAUUAAUAAAUUCUUACAUGGAUAAAUUUAAUCCUGGGGAUUCCCGCGUACUUCAAGAAUACAAAUUUGUUUUUCUCGAAAUUAUUUGUAGCCACGAACAUUAUAUAGCGUUUAAUUUACCGAUUCAACACACGAGAUUAUCACCGAAAAAUCGAUCACCUGAUUUUUUACAAGAAUUUUGCCUUUCAGAAGAUUUUUGUAAACAUCAUUUUAUAGUGGCUUUAUUAUUGCAAGAAGUAAAAACGUCGUUGAAUGAAAUAUCUCAUGUAAGAAAGGUUGCUUUAACAACUUUAAGAGAUUUAUUAGCAAAACAUGAGAUGGAUGAUCGUUAUCAAAAAAAUGGGCAAAUGAGUCGAAUCGCAUUGAUUUAUGUGCCAUGGUUAGGAAUUGUUUUAGAAAACUUAACCCGAUUUCAAGUUAAUGAGAAAUUAGAUGAUCAAUUUGGGGGAAGUGCGAUAAAUCGGAUUUCAACAAGUAGUUCUUAUUUAUUUUCGAAUCGUUGUAGUACAGUUUCAAGUAGUAAUGAAGUCGUUUCAAGGCAAAAUCGUUAUACUUUUCACCAAGAUAGUCCGAUGCAUUUAAAAAAUUUAACGUUUUACGACGAAAUUGCCGGACAAAACAAUAUUUCGAACGGAUUUAGUUCUUUAAGUUUAGAAUCGGACGUUUCAACGUUAUCCGGUGAUAACCAAUCAGUUGUGUCUCAAGAAACGACGAUCGUUCGUGGAGAAAGUCACGAAUUAAAAAAUGGCGAUGUAAAAACUCACAGGAGGGGAGUAAGCGCGACUCAAUCAUCUCAUUUUCAUCGUUAUGAUAAAUUAAAUCACGCCGAAGUGAAAGAUAUUUUAAUAAUAUUUUUAUUUGUCGUAAAGUAUUUAGGGGAUUCCCAAUUAAUUUCUUGGUGGCAAAAAUGCGCUGAAAUGGAUGUUGUAAAUUUUUUCUCAUCGUUACAAAUUAGUUUGCAUUGUUUUAAAUACGUUGGGAAGAAAAAUGUGGCCGUUGUUAAAACAACGAAUUCAGAUAAUAUUAAAAAUCGAUCUGCUAAAGCGCAUACUUUACCCGCGAGGAUGAAUCCAUCCGAUAUUAAUCAUGAAACCACUGGAACUUUAAUUAUACAUACUCGCGAAAAAGAGAGCUUGGUUCACUCUGAAAACGAAGUUUUAAAGAAACAACAAGCAAUUUUAGAACAACAUUUAACGAACGAAAUUGGGUUAAUUGUUUUAGAUUGCCUUGGGUUGUAUUGUAUGAAUUUUCGGAAUAACUUGUUGGUUAAUGAUGGGAAUAAUCCGACAAUGAAAAAAAUCUUCGAUAUUUAUAUUACCUUUGUGCAAAUUGGUCAAAGCGAGAAUUUAUUUAAACACGUUUUUGCGGGAAUGCGCGCUUUUAUUAACAAUUACUCCGUCGUUUUAUUUAAGGGAAGCGCCGGAUUAUGCGGGCGUUUAUGUUACGAAUUAUUAAAAUGUUGUAACAGCCGCUUAGCGUCAGUUCGACAAGAAUCAUGCGCGAUGCUUUACCUUUUAAUGAGAAGCAAUUUCGAAUUCACCGGAAGAAAAGGUUUAACUCGCAUGCAUUUACAAGUUAUCAUAUCAGUCUCUCAAAUGUUAGGGAACGUCGUCGGUUUAAAUAACGCAAGAUUCCAAGAAAGUUUGUCGCUGAUUAAUAGUUAUGCUACAAGCGAUAAAGCAAUGAAAGGAACUGGGUUUCCCGUCGAGGUUAAAGAUUUAACUAAAAGAGUUCGGACGGUUUUAAUGGCAACAGCCCAAAUGCGGGAACAUCAUCAUGAUCCCGAAAUGUUGGUUGAUUUACAACAUAGUUUAGCUAAUUCUUAUGCUUCUACUCCGGAAUUACGACAUACUUGGUUGGAUUCAAUGACUAAAAAUCAUGUUAAAGAUAAAAAUUAUUCAGAGGCUGCCUGUUGUCAAUUACACAUAGCCGCUUUAAUGGCUGAAUAUUUAAAAUUAAAAAAUAUUCAAAAUUGGGGAGCGGAAGCCUUCACAAACAUAUCAUCGAAUAUAACGAAAGAUGAACGCGGUUUAAAAUUGGAUGCUGGCGUUCAAGAUAUUCAAUACACCGAAUACUUACUAUUAGAACAAUUAGAAGCUUGUGUAGGUUACAUAGAUAAAUCAGAACGUUACGAAUUACUCGGGGAAUUAUAUCGAUUAAUAAUUCCAAUUUACGAGAAAAAGCGUAAUUACGAAUAUUUAAAAAUUUCGUAUCAAAAUUUGGCUCAAAAUUACGGAAAAAUUCUCGAUGCGAAUAAAUCGGGAAAACGACUUUUAGGGCGAUUUUAUCGCGUUGGAUUUUUCGGUCAAAUGUACUUUGAAGACGAUAGUGGGGUUGAGUACGUUUAUAAAGAACCGAAAGUGACCACUUUGAGCGAAAUUUCAGAAAGACUUUAUAAACAGUAUUGUGAGAAAUUCGGGCAAGAUGUUGUUAAAAUGAUUCAAGAUUCGAAUACAAUCGUUCAAUCGGAUUUAGAUCAACGAUACGCUUACAUUCAAGUUACUCACGUUACCCCUUAUUUUGAAAAGGACGAACUUGAGGAACGACAAACCGAAUUUGAACAAAAUCAUGAUAUAUCUCAUUUUAUGUUUGAAACACCAUUUACUAAGGAUGGUAAAAGUCAAGGAAAUCCUGAGGAACAAUGGAAAAGAAGAACAAUUUUAAAGACUGAGUAUUCGUUUCCUUAUGUUAAAAAACGCGUUCAAGUAAUUAAUAGAAAAAUAACUGAAUUAACUCCAAUCGAAGUAGCAAUUGAUGAAAUGCAAACGAGAGUGUCUGAAUUAGAAGAAGUUGUAUUUACUCAACCCACGGACGCUAAGAAAUUGCAAUUAAGACUUCAGGGAAGCGUCUGCGUUCAAGUUAAUGCAGGCCCGAUGGCUUACGCUUCCGUUUUUCUGGAUACAAGUCAAUCAGGUUUGUAUCCCGAAGACAAAGUGGAGGAAUUAAAAGAUAUUUAUCGGAAAUUUCUCGAAAUUUGUUAUGCUGCUUUGCAAAUAAAUAGCAAAAUAAUUUCUCAAGAGCAGCAAGAAUACCAGGAUAUGUUACGCCAGAAUUACAAGAGGCUCUGUAUGUCAUUAUCAACCAUGUUUGGGGAGUCUUUAUGGCCUCACGAUGACACGGGAAGUUUUAAAAGGAAUAGUAUGGCACUUUUUAGUGCUAUAAGUGGGACAUCUCAUAAUUCGAGUACAGCAUAAACUCAUUUACAUUUUUUACAUAGAUUUAUGAUAAUUUAUGAUAUACUUAGGAGUGUUUAACAAAUUUUUGGACAUUCUAUGUGGUUUAAUAGUCAUUUCAUUUGUGAUUACAAUUGCUUAGAGUUAAAAGAAUAAUUAAAAAAAGAGUUAGGACAAUUUUAUUUUUAUUACAAAAAAAUAGAUCUUAAUUUUUAUAGUAGUUUUAUCACUUAUUUUUUGAUCUGAGCUUUUUGCAAUUAAUUAUUUACAUUAUUUUUUGCUUUUGCAUUAAUUCCAAUUAAUUUAUGGGGGGUGUGAUUGUAUAUAUGAUUUACCUCCACCGACUUAUCAUGAUUGUGGGUUUAGAUACCAGUUUUAUUUAUAAAAAUGCGUAUCAUACAUAAUAAUAAUUAAAAUUUGGAUAUUAUUUUGGUCGCAAAUUGGCUAAUAAAUAUAGAUUAAUAAAAUAUCCGUACUGAAAUUUGAUAAUAUUAAAGAUAAUUUAUUACAGUAGACAAUAAGCGGCCAAAAAACAAUUAAAACAAUGGAAAUAAUCAUUAAUCUCUGAACUAAUAGUCUGAAUCGACAAGUUACCUUCCAUGAAAGUUACAAGUACACGUAAAAUACUAGUUAAAAAAAACACCGUACACACGUGAUGCCUUUUAUCUUCACAAAAGAAAAAGUAAAAACAAAAAUGACUGCAACACAACGUUAAUUAAAAAAUCGUAAUAAACGUAUUACAUAGAGCUUGGUGAAAAUGAUAGUUUUAUACGUUUUAUAAAGAAACGCCUCCUUCACGAGACUGGUACGAGCUCAAUUUUGAGUAGUAAAUCAUCCCAGAUAAUCGAAACUUAUAUUCGUUUAAAAUUUGUUUUAAUAGGUGGAUUAUUUGGAAUAUUCUGUAUAAUAAUAAUAACUGAAACAAUAAAGAAAUUAAUCAAUUAAUUAACUUAAUGGAAGGAAAAAUGGUAAUUUUAUUUGUAAAAAUUAUGUGUCAUAAAAUUGAUGUUUUAACAAUUAUAAAAAAAAGCUAAUCAUUAUAAUAUCGCUUAUUGCCAUAAUAUGUGGGACUCAUUAAAAAUGUAGUUGAGAAUAUAUAAAAAAGAUUUUAUUAUUAAUUUUUAAUGUUUUAUUCUAGGUUGUAUUUUAUGAAUGUAUUUAUUUUUUUUAUUCAGCAACUUUUUGUUUGUGUCAUUCGUAAUUCUGCUAUAACAAUUAAUAAUUAAUUUAUUACCUCAAUUUGUUUACGUAAUUUUUAGCUGUCUAAAUCUAAAUUUGCUUUUUUUUUCUAAUCAGCAAAUUGGUAAUUUUUCAAAAACGUUAUUCUUCGUAUGGGCUGUGAAAAGAAAGUUUUUAUUGUAUUUGUGUGUGUUUUUAAAAAUUUUUUCUCUCCCAAAUUAAAACAUUCGUUUU